AUGGCUGUUGAUCCUUUUGACUCGGCGCUUGACCUCCUCCGGCGCCUGAACCCCAAACACACGACCGACCACCUCAACUCCAUCAUGUCGCUGGCCCCUGACCUGACCGAGGACCUCCUGGCUUCGGUGGACCAGCCCCUGACGGUGAAGAGGUGCCGCGACACGGGCCGCGACUACCUCCUGUGCGACUACAACCGUGACGGUGACAGCUACCGGUCCCCCUGGUCCAACAAGUUCGACCCGCCACUCGAGGACGGCGGUUCCGGCGCAGCGGCCGGCAACGCCGGAGGCGCUGGCGGUGUGAGCGCGAGCGGUGCCAGCGAGGGUGCCGGUGAGGGGGCCAUCCCAAGCGAGAGGGUGCGCAGGAUGGAGAUCAAGGCCAACGAGGCCUUCGACGUCUACAGGGAGCUGUACUAUGAGGGUGGGGUGAGCAGCGUCUACUUUUGGAACCUGGAUGAUGGGUUUGCCGGUGUCGUCCUCGUCAAGAAGUGUGAGUUUCGGGAUCCAGCCAAAGGGAAAAAAUUCUGGUUACCUGUAGCAUCCCCCUCUGGAGAAGGAGUGUGGGACUCGAUCCACGUCUUCGAGGCCAUCGAGCGGGGCCGGACGACUCACUACAAGCUCACCUCUACGGUGAUCCUGUCCCUCUCAUCGGCCGCGACCAACACGCUGGGGGACAUGGACCUGAGCGGUAACAUGACGCGCCAGGUGGAGCAGGACCUCCCCGUCGACAACGACGACAGCCACAUCGCCAACGUGGGCCGACUGGUCGAAGACAUGGAGCUCAAGAUGCGCAACCUGCUGCAGGAGGUGUACUUCGGCAAGGCUAAAGACGUCGUCGGCGACCUGCGCAGCGUCGGGAGCCUGAGCGAGGGAGCCAAGGAGAGGGAGACGCAGAGGGAGCUCAUUGGCAGUAUGAGGAGGUAA